AUUUAUGCUGCGCCUUCACACCCCAUGGCCAUCAUCGUCACCAUUGUUGUUUGGAGGCAUCGACUUGGUGGCGUGUAAUUCGGCACAAUUGAGCGAUGGUGUCCCAUGGUGCAUCUGCUUGCUACCUUCCUAUUCUUGGGAUCGGGACCGUUGGAAGUCAAUCGACGCGGGAAAGCACAAGCGACAAGGGGAAGCUGCCUUGUGGCCAAUCAGACCAGAGAACCCGUCGACGCCCGCCGGCCGGCGUUGAUUGCGCGACUCGCGAUUGCCGUGUAUAACGGACGUGACAUAUCGCAUCAUCAUGGCGACACCCCAAACCAAGGCCGCAAUUGGACGUCCAGUCGAAUUGGGCACAUCACCAAUCAACAAGUUGCAGUGGGAGUAGAGCACCGCGGAGCGAGGCUACCAAAAAGAGAAACCAGGGCUAAUAUAAGCUUGAAUCUGACCUUCUUAUCUGAGAAAGGGGUCACUUAGUUCGGGGCUCUGCCGACGUCCCAUAGGCCAACUCAAAGUACAAGCAACGAUCCUAAGCAGGGGUCAUGCGGCAGAUGUGGUGCACCACGGCCGCAAUUGUCAA